AUGGCUGACAGCUCCUCGCCAGGGCUGUCGCCCCCUUCACAGCAGAGCACUGUCUCGCCGGAGGACCUGGAGCUCCUGGCAGAAGGUCUGGCCAGCGCUGAGCCCUUGAGUCUAGAGGAAACCUCAGAGAGGUGCGAGCGCGAUGGUCGAGCAUCCAGCACCUCUGUCCCUGAGCAGGACACCUGCAAGCACCAGAAGCAGCUGGAGCAGUGGGUGGCAGAGUUGCAGUCCGAGGUGGUUUGCCUGCGAGCACACAAGGAACGUUGUGAGCAUGUCACCCUGGGUCUCCUGCGGGAGCUGUUACAGAUUCAUGCCCGCGUGCAGCUGCAGGACUCAGAGCUGAGGCAGCUGAGGCAGGCGGUGCGGCAGGUGCAUUGGGAUCCCGAGAAGGAACAAGCACUGGAGUUCCCCAAGUCCCAGAGUCAGAACCAGAUGCAGGCCCUGGACAAAAGGCUGGUAGAGGUCCGGGAAGCCUUGACGCAGAUCAGGAGGACUCAGGCCCUACAGGACUCAGAGCGGAAAGGUGUGGAGCAAGACACCAGCCUCAGGCUGGCCAAGUUGACCGGCUUGUUGAGACAAGAGGAACAGGGCCGGCAAGUGGCCUUCAGCACCCUACAGAAGAGCCAGAAUGACACCAUCGAGAAGGUGGACCAUGAGGUGACCAAGAUGCAGGCUCAGAUGACCAAGCUUGGAGAGGAGAUGACUCUUCGCUUCCUGAAAAGGGAGGCCAAACUGUGUGGCUUCCUGCAGAAGAGCUUCCUGGCCCUGGAGCAGAGAAUGAAGGCCUUGGAGGGUGCACAGAAGAAGGCAGAGAGCAGCUUGCAAGAGGAGUUGGAGUGCCGCUGGCAGAAGCUGCAGGAUUUGACAGAGGAGCGUCUACAGGCCCUGUGCGCUCAGCGUGAGGAGGAAGAAGUCCACUUGCUGGAGCAGUGCCAGGGCUUGGAUGCAGCUGUGGUCCAACUGACCAAGUUUGUGCGGCAGAACCAGGUGUCCCUGAACCGUGUCCUGCUGGCUGAGCAGAAGGCCCGGGAAGCCAAGGUGAGCUUGGAGGAGAGCCAGGCUGGGGAGCUGGCCUCCUACGUACAUGAGAACAUGGAGGCUGUUCAGCUGGCUGGCAAGCAGGCCCAACAGGAGACACAGGACGCACUGGAGCUGCUCCAAGAGAAGAGUCAAGUACUAGAGGGGUCAGUGGCUGGGCUGGCUCAGCAGCUGAAGGACCUCAGUGACCACUGCCUGGCCCUGAGCUGGAGGCUGGACCUGCAGGAGCAGACGCUGGGCCUGAAACUGUCCCAGGCAAAGGCUGAGUGGGAAGGAGUGGAGAGACAGUCCUUACAGGACCUGGCCAGGUGGCUGAAAGAGGUCGAAGCCCACCUUUGUGAAGUGAAGGAAAAAGUGGACAGCCUCCCCCAGCAGAUACAAAGUGUUGCAGACAAGUGCAUCCUUCACAGGAACGAUGUGAAUCUGAAGAUCUCAGCUGAAUGCAAAGCCAGGGAGCUGGAGGUCGUGGCUGUGCGCCAGGAGCUGGCCACACUGGUGAUGUCUGUGCAGCUGCUGAAGGACGCCAACCCCGGGCGCAAGAUUGCUGAGAUCCGGGGCCAACUGGCUACGUUUCAGAAGCAAAUGAUAAAAUUGGAGAACAGCAUCCAGGCCAACAAAACCAUCCAGAAUCUGAAGUUUAAUACUGAGACCAAGCUGCGCACAGAGGAGAUCUCCUCCCUGCGCGAGCGUGUGCUGCGCCUGUGCAGUGAGGAGGGCCCCUGGCCACUGACGCCGGGCAGCAGGCACCCGCUCAUGUCCCUGGUGAGGCAGCCAUUCUUCAUCAAGGAUGUGGCCCCCAGCAAGCUGGUCCCCGUGAACUGCUGGGGCGUGUACCAGGCUGUGAGGUGGCUUCAGUGGAAGACCAUCCUCAUAAAGCCAGUGGCUCAACAAAGGCUGGGCACCAUCUCGGAGACAUCCCACCAAAAGCCUACACACCGGCUCAUGUCUCUGACCCUUUCCCAGAAAUAA